AUGAAUUUCUUCAAACCCAAACAAGCUGCAACUUCUCCUCCGCCACCGCCGAACCACCUUCUUCACCAAGCCUUCACUUCCCUUCAAACCCAUGUCUCCAAUUUCCUCGAAAACCUUCCUACUCCCCCUCCUAUUAAAUCCCCUCCUUGGGCCAGAAUUUCGAACCAGAAUAAUGGUGUAAACAGCACCGGCUUCUUUUCUCCUAACAGUAAUAAGAAUUCUAGUGGUACCACAAGAAGUAAAAGUUAUGCUAUGACUGCAGAUGCCAUCGAGGAGAGGCUGGCUGGAGUGCCAGUAUAUGCACUGACCAACGGUUCGCAGGAAUUCGUGUUAGUCUCGGGUGUAAAUACGGGGAAAAAUCUCGGACUGUUUUGCUUCAGUGAAGCUGAUGCUGAAACCCUUCUUAACCAGAUGAAGUCCAUGGAUUCAUCCAUGCGCUCUGGCUCUCAAGUUGUUGCUGUCGCACUUAGCAAGAUUUUUCAGCUCAAAGUUGAUGGAGUGGCUUUACGCUUGGUUCCGGAGGCUGCUCAGAUACGAAAUGCAGUAAUGGAGAGGAAGAAGGCUGGUGUUCUUGAUGAGAGCUUUUCUGGGGUUCCAGUUUUCCAGUCUAAGAGCUUGAUUCUGAGAAGCCAAAACAAGAGAUACCGUCCGGUAUUUUUCAGAAAGGAGGACCUAGAAAAAUCCCUUUCAAGAGCUUCACGUCAACAGCACAGGCUGGAUCCUUCUUUAAGGGAAGGGGAUAUUCAGGUUGCUGUCCUUGAGGACAUAAUACAAGGGAUGAAGGAUAAUUCAUCAUCGACUUGGGAUGAUGUUGUUUUCGUCCCUCCCGGUUUUGAUGUCUCGACUGACCAAUCUAAGUAA